GAUGAUGGAUGGAUGGAGUCUCUGAAAGGAAAAGAGAAACGGGGGAACGAUCGAGAGGAGGCGUGGUCUAAUUUGGCCCCGCCCCGUGAAGGAGACCCACCUGAAGCGCAGAGGAGACGCAGCAGAGGACGCAGCGCUGCGGACCAGGACUCUCCGGACUUGGAGGAUUCUCUCCAGUAAAGUUCAGGCUGGAUGUUUCCAGGUUUUUUAAAACGUAGAAGAAGAAGGUGGACAAACUCUGAGCAGGAGCUCCUGAAUUUUAUUUUUUCUGACUUUUUUAGACUUCUAGACUUCCUCGAGGCAAAACUCUGGAGGUCUGGAAUCAUCUGAACUAGGAGUUUUUUAUUCUAGACUGUGAGGAAACUUUUGGGAAGAAUUUGAGAAUUUUAUUUAGAAUUGAAUCCCUCCGUGCAGAAAGAUGGCUGGGACGCAGAUGUUCAGGAUGGUCCUCUGGGCUGUUAUUUGGCUCCAGACUGCCAGUUCCCCUCCCGCCUCAGAUAAUUGUGAAGAGAAGGAGCGCAUUAGCAGCCAGCCCCCCUCCUCAUCACUCUCUUCCUCCUCUGCUUCUCCUUCUUCAUCUCCUCAUGUGGUGGAAUCACCACCACCUUCCCAGGACUUCCUGGGUCAGUUUACCCAGGUGAGCUCCUCAAACAGCGGGGAGCGUAAACACCGCCACGCCAGCGCCGUCCUGCCCUUCAUCGGCCUCACCAACAGUGCAGAGCAGAGUCGUAGCUGCUGUAAGAAUGGAGGGACCUGCAUCCUGGGCAGCUUCUGCGCAUGCCCUCGCUUCUUCACCGGGAGGAGCUGCGAGUACGACACCCGACUCAGAAACUGUGAUUUUAUCCCUCAUGGCGAGUGGGUUCAGAAAGGCUGCUCCUACUGUCGCUGUGGUUACGGGAUGCUGCACUGCUUCCCUCACGUCUUCCAGAAAGACUGCGAUGACUCAGAUGUGGAAGUGCGCUGGUAUCGUUCAUCGGCCGGAGGGAUGAUUCCCGCUGGCUGCUUCCUGUUCCUGCUGCUUCUGCUGCUCUUCUUCCUCUGAUAUCGGAGCCCAGCUUCAGCAGCACAUGUUCCUCCUCAUCAUCGACCAUCGGCGUUCGGGCCAACCGUGGGUCUGCGGGACACAUGAGAGGUUUACAGUCCACUGUUGGAGCGGGUGAUGAGUGUUUCCCAGCAGGAUUUAGGGGUGGAGCAGACGUUUGUAGGUCCGGUUGAGGCCUGGAAGCUGUUCAGCCAGCGAUUGUUGGAUUAAACAGAACUGAUCACGAUAUUUAUUUUAAUCAGCACAUCUGUGUUUGGUGAAGCCAUCUGUGUGUGUUGGGAAUGUUCUGUAAAUAAGAUUUUUAUGGAAAAUGUUUUUUUUUUUCAGGAUCUUUAAAUGUUUGCAGACUUUUUUCUUUUUUUCUCUGUGAAGAUGUUUUAACUUCAGUGUGUUUGCACAACUGAAGCUGAUAAAUAAAGUCAGCUGUUCAUCA